AUCUCAUCAAAAGUUACAAUCUUUAUACCAAUAUUGACGCAAAUUCUUGUUCGAAACUCGCCGUUCUUGUUUCUGGUGAGAACCGAUUCAUUCCCGUACUGGGUUUUGUGGGUUUUUGGUUUAUAUUGCUGCAAAGGUUUAAGUGUUGGUGCUCUAUCUAGGGGAGUAGUCAUCUGCUCUGCUGAAUUAUUUUUUGGGAUUCUGUGUAUUUUAUUUCUCAACCCGUGGCACGCCGGUUAAACUAGUUUUUUUAAUCUAUUCUAGCUAUGUAAUAGCCUUUGGACUCUAAAAUCAGGCGCCUUGAUCGGUUACGGUUGUGUAUUUGUAUACAAGGAAGAGUUAUGGUUGUUCUGUUAGAUGCACAUGAAUUUGGAUUAUGGAAUCUGGAGGUCAUUAUAAUGUCUAAUAAGGGUUGCUUUUCCAUGUAGUGUAGUUUGAGAUAAUAAGAAUUGGAGAACUGAGAAACUGGGAUAGAUUCUCUGGUCUGGAUUGUGAAUUGGAUUUUUGGAUGUGGAAAUUGUUGUUCUUGGGAAUGAUUUGGUAACAUAAGAUAGACAGCGUAUAUCAAGUUCAAUCAAGGUUCUUUUGGUGGUCAUUAGAGGUUUGGGAUUUGGUUUUUUGAGAAGGAAAAGAUGCAAAGGGUUCGAUUAUCAUCCCAACAGGCUCCUGUACAUAAGCUAGGGGAUUCUCAGAUGACAUUAUCACCAAAGUUUAGGUUAGCUGCGAUUCAAUCCUCCUUGUUAAAUCCUUCAUCAGAGUUUGAGUCAUCUCUCAGAGAUGAACCCCUUAUUCCGGGCCUUCCAGAUGAUGUUGCACUUAACUGUCUCCUUCGGCUUCCGGUUCAGAGUCAUUCAGCUUGUAGAGUUGUAUGCAAACGAUGGCAUCUGCUGCUUGGUAACAAAGAGCGCUUUUUUACUCGAAGGAAGGAAAUGGGUUUCAAAGACCCUUGGCUCUUUGUAUUUGCCUUCCACAAGUGUACAGGAAAGAUUCAAUGGCAGGUUCUUGACCUCAUCCACUUCUCUUGGCAUACCAUCCCAGCAAUGCCUUGCAAAGAUAAGGUCUGCCCUCAUGGGUUCAGGUGUGUUUCAAUUCCCCUCGAGGGUACUCUCUUUGUCUGCGGGGGUAUGGUCUCUGAUGUGGAUUGCCCUCUUGACCUAGUGUUGAAGUAUGAGAUGCAAAAAAACAGAUGGUCUGUAAUGAAUCAAAUGAUUACAGCUCGGUCAUUUUUUGCAAGUGGGGUGAUUGAUGGGCUGAUAUAUGUGGCUGGGGGAAACAGUGCAAAUCUUUAUGAGCUCGACUCUGCUGAGGUUUUGGACCCUUUGAAAGGGAGUUGGCAGCCUAUCGCUAGCAUGGGAACCAAUAUGGCGUCUUAUGAUGCAGCAGUUCUUGAUGGAAAGCUUCUGGUGACAGAAGGCUGGUUGUGGCCAUUCUUUGUCUCUCCCCGAGGUCAGGUUUAUGAUCCAAGAACUGAUAACUGGGAGAGUAUGGCAGUUGGAUUGAGAGAGGGCUGGACAGGGUCAAGUGUGGUGGUCUAUGGACACUUGUUUGUGGUUUCUGAGCUUGAAAGGAUGAAGCUUAAGGUUUAUGACACAGAGAGUGAUGAGUGGUACACAAUAGAGGGCCCUCCAUUACCUGAGCAGAUAUGCAAACCUUUUGCUGUUAGUUCAUGUGAUAACAAAAUUUAUGUUGUUGGCCGUAAUCUACAUGUUGCUGUAGGACAUAUAUCAAGGCUGAACCAAAAAGAUACUCACAAAGAAAAGUGGAGUUUCAGUGUUUGGUGGCAUGUCAUAGAUGCUCCAGAAAGUUUCUCUGACUUGACACCCUCAAGUUCUCAGGUUCUCUUUGCUUAACUUUCAAAAAUUAUCUCAUAUUGUUCUUGUAUGUUGCUUGAAUAAGUUGUAAUUAUACAAAAUUACUAAAGAUGUAGAGUUGUAACCAAUGUGUGCUAUUGGAACAAAUGUAACCCUUUUAUACAGUCGUUCAGUCUUUGUUCUCUUUCAUGUAUCUCUUAUAGUAACUGUUCAAUGUAUGUUCAUGAGCUCAAUCAAGUGUAAGAUGGUUU